AUGUUCCUUUCAACUCUCCCACUACUAUCAUCACAAAGACAAUCAUUCCAACGUCUUUCGGUAGUCUCUCUAUGGUCGUUACUACUACUGGUGAUACUCCUCAUCUCCGCUGUGGGGGAGACACAAGGCGAAUCCACUCUAGUUGAGAAAAUAGAAGAACGUGAAGAAGAGAGCCGUCUAGCUGCAGGGAAGGAUGCCAUCUUAUCAUCAUCAUCAUCAUCUUGGCUUCUACACAUGGAGAAUCUUUCAGCGUUGAAUGCACAUCUUAGGUCCACAACAACAACAACAACUAUUAGUACUAUUAGUAGUAGUAGUAGUAUAGAUCUCGCUUCUUCACAUCUCAACAUUGUUUCUGCCUGCACAGCUGCCCACGGCUGCCCACGAUCUUCAAUGGUGUGGGCCACUGGAACUUUCACACACAGUGACGUCCUCACACCCGCGAGUUUUCUCAUCGCCGCAAAUCUCACACUAAAGAUGAGUCUCUGCUGUGGUUAUAAGUUUGAUGGAAAGUUAUUACGAGAGGAGAAACUAUAUGAUGCCUUUCUGCAUACCUUAUUACAGGCCACACCAUUUCAGGUGUUAACAGAAAAAGAAAAACGGGAUAUGUUUCCACGUGAGCGAAUAGUGAUUGUAGAUACAAUAGAAAAACGAUACUAUAAUGCCACCUAUAGACUUACGGAGGAGGAUAAACAAGAAGGGAAUGAUGGGGAUGGAGAUGUAAUAGUGCUUGUCUCUGGAGCUGUGGGAAAAGGUAUUCAACGUGUAUUAUUACCUCAACAACGUGUGGGAGGAGAAAAAACAAAAAUAACAAAAACAAUAACAACGACGGCAGAUGUUUCUGCUGAGAUUCAAUUAAAAGUAGCGAAUGUGGCUAUUAAAUGUAAAUGUCCACAUACACUGCUGGUGAUGCCUAUACUACGUGUGCGGCCAGAUACACUUCCACCGGUCUCUAUUGUAGGAUUGGGCUCACACUGUGGAACACAGCAUCAACUACAAGAACAACAAGAAUUAGAAGGAACGGAACGGGUAAAUAAUACUAAUAAUAAUAAUAAUAAUAAUAAUAAUAAUAAUAAUAAUAAUAAUGUUAAUCAUACGAAUACUAAUAAAUAUCAAUAUCAAUUGCAUCAUCAUCAUCAUCAUAUUGUACAAUUACGUGAUAAUUCAUGGGCAGUCUCAUUUGCCGUAUCCCCACCAUUGCCAGCAGCCACAGCCGUGCAUUGGAUAGUAACAGACACCACCACUACUAAAUCUACAACUUCUAGUAUUAUCAGUACUGCUGGUAUUAGUAGUAAGAGUAGUAGUAGUAGUAGUGGUUCUGUGGUUGUGCUGGAUGAAUCUUUUCACAUUCCAUCCACAAUAAACGAGGCGAACGAACCACUACUACGCCUACAUCAUGCCAACUCCAGUUACUUUCAUAUCUUCCCACAUCAUGAGUACACCGUACAGGUCAUCCUCACACGUGGAACCAUCCAACAAAGAUCUAGUGGUGUCUUUGUGAUGCGAUUGCCAUUUACUAUGGAUUGGAAUGUACGGCGGAUAUCUCCACAAGUUCACUUUGGCAUUCAACGACGACUGCGACUUUCGGAAGAGACACGAUCUAUGCAUACUGUACAGCGGGCAUUAGCCCCACCACUCCAACACACCCCCGCACGCUAUUAUGGAUAUUGGGAGAAUACCCCAUUGGAGGAUCAACCCCUACCACAGACACGACAACGUGUGAGAGAUAAUAAUCCCUACUCGGUAGAAUAUGAACAAGGAGAAAAAGAAGAAAAAGAAAAAGAAGAAGAGGCUGUUAUCUAUUCUCUUUUUGUAGGACGAAAUGAUAUUUCCUUUUACGUUGUAGAUGUGGAUGAGGUGUGUCAACCCACACUUCUGGAGACCCAUGAGGUGUGGUCUGUGCAGGCCUUGUUACUCCAACCAGAGACAUCACCCACAACGGCAUGUCAUGAUAAUAUUUCGCUGGAAGCAUUAGCGUUAAAACGUCUUCUUAUCACUAUGCAAGAGUUACGGCACUUGACGGUGCAAUUUGCCCCAUUGACAUUAUGGGAAUCUACACAGCGUCGUCAACUGGAAGAACAACAAGAACAACAACAACAAGAGAAGAAGAGUGAUAUCAUGGAAGGAUAUUUUAACUGUACAGAACGUGGUGUUGGGCUGUGUCAAAUACGCCCUGCAGUGGAGAAGAGUAGUGGAGGCACAAGUGCCGUGUUGGAGAUGCGAAGACGUGGAGUGGCGGAGUUAUCAUGGAUUGUACGUGUUGUUGUGAAUACAUCAUCUACACCUCUAUCCAGAGAGAAUAUAGAUCCCACACAUGCACGUAUGAUGAUGGUGAAAGCAGAGGAAGAAAGUGGUGAUGAUGAUGGUGUAGUCGUAGUCGUGGAGCUUCACUCACAUGUGGUGUUGGUGGUACGCCGGAUGUCUACAAUGCCAACACACAUUACGGUGUUGUUGCCCAUGCAAUUACGACAACUCACCGUACACCCACCACGUCCAUUAGAAGCAACAACAACAACAACAAAAAGAAGAAGUGAAAAUGAGGAUGAUAAUAAUAAUAUUAAUAAUAUUAAUAAUAGAAUAGAGACACCACCAUUGGGGCGAUGGGUAGUUAACGCCCCCUUACGGAUUAUCUCUAUUGAUGAAUCCCUCGUACUCCUACUAGACACCGCAGAUGUGCCAAAUGUGCAGCAAACACUACCGACGGGCACACUUCGCUACAUCGCAGAGGACUACGGCGCCGCAGUGGAUGAUGUGGGAACACCGUACACCUCACGAUGUCCUCCACGUAUUGUUGAACACACCGUGAUGGUCUUUGCACGGCCGGCUCCCCCUAUCGUGCCAGCACUUGUACCCAUCUAUACAGAGAAUAGUUGUGUGCGUCUGCAGGCACCACGAGUGGCGUGGAAGGAUGAAGAGACACAGUGGCAUUUCCCUCCAUGUGCGGAGGCCACACAUCCACCAUAUCUCGUACAAUCAGAAGAACAACAAAAAGAAGAGAAAGAAGGAGAAGAGGUAAUGGUUUGUGGAAUUGAAGUACACAAGUGGUGCGAUGUGGAAUGGACUGCACGUAAUCUUCUUGGCUCUGUCACGCAGACCUUCUCACUACGGCGAUGUCAACGACCACCGCAGGUGUUGUUUCACAAGGAAACUCCACACGGUAUGAGUAGUAUACCAUUAGCAGUAUAUGCAUUACCGUAUAUUGAGUGGUUAGAAGAGGAAAACAUAGAUACUAAAAAUGGAGAAACAACAACAACUACUACUAGUAGUACUACUAGUACUACUAGUUUGAUUAGUGGGGAUGGAGUUAUUCGUCGCUAUACGGCACGACCGGUUCUUCCUCUUGCUGGAUAUAAUGCCACCAUUGCCUAUUCGUUUAAUUAUACUGGAUUACAGGAAGACUUUGAGGCAUACUUCACCUAUGCACAUGAUGCCGCACAUCAGUUAGGAAAUACACAACAACACUAUGAACCUGUACAUGGCAGUAUUAAUAUAGAUAGUGAUAACCGAAAUGAUGUGACAGACGCCGUAACCACACCGUUGCUACUGCGUCGCUUCGUUCCUUUUCCAGAAGACAAGAAAACAUAUAUUAAUCUGAAUAAAGACAACAACCGAAAUAAUAAUAAUAACAAUGUAGAAACCACUGGUAUAGAAUAUGAGAAUAAUAAUAUUAAUAUUUAUAAUAAUAAUGAUGAUGAUGAUUAUGAUGAUAAUCUAUACUUUGAACGAUCGAUGAUGGAUGGAACAACUCGGCGUGAUCACGCUAUAGAUAUUGAAUACGAUGCCCGUUUUUCUAUCACACAAGACGCUACAAGGCGUCAGCUGCAAUUACAUGGUAUAAGUAAUAGUUCACUCUACCCACUACUCUACAUGGUACGUCUCUCUCCACAUUCACAUGCCCCUAGUCGAGAUGCUGAAGAGUUUAAUCGACGUGGUAUGUGUACUGCAAGAACUGGGAAUAUUUCUGUUUUGGCCGUUAAUCCUCGUGGUCUUGUACAGGCGCGUAAAGGAGAUGUGAUUCCAUUUUGCCAAUCCUCUUUUAUCUUCUCACGUCAUCCAUGGUUAAACACAAAGUAUCACUUUGACUUUUCCUGGACUUGUGAGUCGAGUGGGUUCUUUAGCAGCACAAAGGGUGGUGGUAUUACUGUAGAGAAACGCACCCCGACUCUAUCUAUUUUACAUCACACUGGUGGUAAUAGUGAGAGUAGCAUUAAUGAGACGUACUGCAAUCUCACUGUUCAUAACACAUUGACGGAUACAACGCAGACAGACACUUUCUUACUUCGUCGUGUGUAUCCAACAGCGCCCUCUUCCGCAUUUGUGUUGUUGAGUGACAAUACGGCUAAUGGUUCAUGCAUUGUAAACAACAACUCCCGUGUUAGAGAAGCAUCAAGUAAAUCUAAUAAUGGAGUUUCUGGAUCUCGUAAUGGUGGUAGUACUACUUCUGGAUAUGGCGGUAAAACAAAGAAAAGUUUACGAUGGGUGGUUGGAAAGAGUGUUGUAUUGCAUGUAGACGCCCCAAUGAAAAGACGAACCUCUAAAUGGAGAGCUAUGAGUGUUAUCCCAGCCGUUCCUACAUCUAUGGGAACUCAAUUACUACUAGACUCUGUACAGUUUUUACCACUUGUACAACAUCCACGUGCACUUGCGAGGGGUACAGGUGGGGCGACUGUGUUAGUAACAGGCAUUCGUGUUCCUGGACUCUACACAUUUGCACACCAUCAUCCCGAUCCGGCGUAUCCAAACAUUUGUCCAAAUGUAAGUUUUGUAGAAACACUACAUGUUACACAUGCUCAGGUAAUGGAGAAGGAAUUAACCGUAUGUGGGGAUACAGCAAUACUGAAAGCAGUUCCAAUUCCAAGAGAAAUUGCAUGCGAUUUCAUAGGACAGUGGGAAGUCGUAUCAAUACAAAGGUCAAACAAUGAAACCUGGACAAGUGGAGUUAAUUUUACUGGUUUACGGUUUGAUCACGGUACUAAACCACAAACUCAAGUAAGAGGACUACCUUUUGGUAUUGUUACUAUUCGAUGGGCUAUUUACGCUGUUUCUCCCAUGGAUCAAAGGAAUGAUACUUCUCAAGAACAACAGAAGCAGCAGCAGCAGCAGCAGCAGCAGCAGAAACGUGUACUAGUGGAUUAUGAUACUGUACGACUCUUUGUAUUAACAGAUAAUCUCCGCUCACAUCGUCUUGUGACAUUAUCCAGUACAGUUCAUAUUCCCACUACCACAUCUACACAACAAUGGACACUGGUGGAUAUGCCCGGAGCGACAAGUUCAUUAACUUUGCGUCGUCCACGUUUCCACCUUGAAUUUGUAUCCAACAGUAGUGAUCAGAAUAAUAUGGGAUUUGAGAUGCUUGUUGUGGAGAAUCUCCCUAUUGGUGCUACUCGUCUACAAUAUGAACUUCACCCUUCACUUCGGGUAUUUGGCCCAAUGCGGACGAAAAACUGUCCUUACAUUCGACGUCAGCAGGUGGAGAUUGAGCGGGUGUCGGCGUUUCUAUCAGUGAAUGCCACAUUAGAUCACGAGUGUGAUGCCUACACGGGUCGUGGUCGUUUCUCCAUCUGCCUGCACGCCGAACGAGUGCGUGGCUCGAAUCCCACUGCCCAACCCUCAUCAACAGGAAAAGAAGCAAAUAAAAAAAGAGAAGAUCGUAAUAAAAGAGAUGAGGAUGCCUCACCAUUUGGUGUGCGUCUCGUUCACCCUGAGGCAUUUGAGAAGAUUGUGAAGUCCGGUGCAGCGCGACUCGCCCGUCGUGGGUGUUCACUGCCGUGGUGGAUUUCUUCCGCACGGUGGGAAGAUGUGCGUCGUGUAGAUGCCGAUGGACGAUGUGUAUCAUUUCGCGCUACGGCCACUCGACACUUACGGCCAUUUGAAUUAUCCCGCCCGCUCUUUCGUGCUGUUAGUGGCGGUGAUGCUGGGCGGUAUGAUUGUGUAGAUGGCAGUGACUUUAUAACGAGUGAAGUUAUCGCCGGGGCCCCAACGACGAGCAGCGGUCCACACACUGGACAAGCGCAUCAUGGGAGAGAAGGAGUAGAAACGGAAUACGGAGAGAAUAAUAAUAAUAAUAAUAAUAAUGGAAUGGAUAUUAAAAUGGAAAUACGAGAAAGAGAGAGAAAUGGCGUGGCGGCGUUCCUGCCAUUUCUCAACCCGACAACACUCACGCGGGUGACGGGAAGUAUGCGGCCCAUGUUGAGUCUGCGCGGAGAUCCCGAUGUGGUGAUGUCGGAGUUAGACAUCAGCGACACUGCAGCGGCCGUCGUGGUGUUGCGACUCGACACCGCACAGCCAUUGCAAAUGGGAGGCUACACUUACAAUUCACCACACUCACAGAAACAACAAGAAGAAGAAAAAGAUGAUAAUGAUGAUGAUAAGAAGAAGGAGAUACCCAUUCAAGAAGAAGAAGAACAACAACAACAAGAAAAAGAAGAAAAACGGUAUAGUCUCUUGUCAAAAUGUGUCCGUGGGACUUUGCGAGGAUCGGAUGUGCUGCAGUUCUGGUCUGAAGUGAACCGCCCAGACGGUUUAGAAGGCCACACGGCGAAGGAGUGGUUGGAGUAUGUAGAGAAGGUGCGGGAUACACAUGUGAAGUGUGAGCCUCUCUUCGCCUCACUCGAUCAUUUCCUUCCACGCCAUGAUGAUACAGAGGCCGCACUGCGAAGCCGACGGGCACAUCGAGUACCACCAAAGGAACAACGUUUAGUUUCUUUAGAUGUUGUUUUGCAGCAACUGGAAGGUCUUCAGCAGGAGUUUCAAUGGACACGUGAUGGUAUUGAUGUAACAGGUCUGCGUGCGGAUCUACAGGUGGCUCUCUCACGUCGUCGGAUCACAAAGAGUCAACUAGACGAGAUUGCACGAUUGCGUCGUGAGCAAGAAGAACUGAAGCAACAUAAACAGAAAACGAAAGAACAAUCACCACAACCACUUAUUGGAGAUGUACCGAGAAGAGUCUCACGUGAGGAACGGUUUGAAAGAGCUAUGCGUCUAUACAAGGGUGUUCUUAACGAAGAUAUUGCGGCCAUACGUUUAACAUUACCACGUCAGGGGUCAUUUACAGCACCGCAUAAUCUUUUCCUCCGCACAGCCAUACAUAAGGAUAUAUUGUGUGGAACGAACAUUUCAGGAACUGCGGGAUCUGCGUUAAUGCCUGUAUUGGCUCCUCCAGAAUCACUUGUAUUAUUUGGUCGUGUAGAGAUUGUAGAUGUACCACCAGCAGUAGGGGCAACUCCUGCAGCCAUUAAACAAUGUGAAGUGGAAGGUGGUAUUCCUCUCAUUCAUGUAAACGUUAGUGGAACGAGAUUUGCGUAUUUGGAACCAUUUCCAAAAGAUCGUAUCGUAUUGGAAGAGUUACAGAAUCCAAAUUUAACAGAUAUUUUAGAUUCACCACCAGAUGUGGGUCUUGCUCCAUGUUUACAACAAAUGCAUGCAGGGAUGAAAGUCUCAACAUCGCAAACAACACGGAAACAAAUAUACUUGCAAUUAGCUUCAUGUCCAUCAUUUCAGAUGCUUAGUCCUACAGAUUAUAAUGAGAACCAGAAUAGUGAAUUAUUACAGCGAAAACUACAACUUCCACGACUUUUACGUGUAACACUUCGAGAUGUCCUCUCAGAAGAUAGUCAUACAAAAGGAAAAACAUCUGUUUCAUUUGUAGUGGAAGUUCGUCCAACAUUAGCUCGAUUGCAUCUUCGUGUACUUCCUGGUGUUGAAGAGACAUCAAGAGGAUUACCAUGGUCGGAAUUUACAAAUCAACGUCCUUUAUUAAUUUGCGAGUCUGAUGUUAAACGAAAAGGGAUGGAAUUAGGCGUGGAACUUAUUGGAGAUGAAUGGAAUAUCCGUGUAGGUGAGGAGAGCGAAGAGAAUGGGGCCAUUGGAGAAAGAGAAGAAGAAUAUGAAUACACUGCGACAGGAAGAUUAAGAGCGGGAAUGCAGAAUACUGCCUUAUCACAUACAAGUGAUGACACCUCUGCAUUGGGAUCUCAAGAGUGGAGUAGUGAUGGUGUGAAUGCGGCUGAAGGUUACAUCACAAUUCAUGAUAGAGGACAAAAGAAGAUUAGACGCCGUUCACCACACAAUGUAGCCCUUGUUAACAGUUUUAGUGUUGUUGAGCAUCACAGUCUUGAUAGUGCACAUCAUCUCUUCUUAAGACAUGGUGGUCUUUACCGUUCUCAUUUUGUGAAUUAUCUCUUCUCAACUGUAUUAGCAGAUCCGGAGAACAUUCGUCAACAUCAGUUUAUUCAACGUUAUAAUAAUACAUUUGUUGGUGUACGUAUCCCAGCAGAGCCGCGUGAUCCAGAUGAUCUACGCAGCGGCAACCAUAAUGAUAAUAAUUUACUGGAAAGUGAUUAUAUCCCACCUAUUCGUCCAUUCAGUACGAUUGAAGAGAUUCUCUUUGCUGUACCUGGUAUCGCAACCGAGUGCCGUGGUUGUUUGUUAGCAGACACAACAUACUUUGUGGCUGGGGAUUUAACAGGAUUGUGGUCUUUUCCACCCGCCGCGUUACCAGCACUGGAUAAUAAUAUAUUAGCAGCACCAUUGCGGGUUCCAUUUUAUGCCGCCGCACGUGUUCCUCGCGACUGGCGGUUUACAAUGGUUUGCCCUACAGCUGCAUGGGAGAAUCUACGGCAAUAUUGGCAACAUUGGCAAUCUGCACAAGAAUGGCAGAGAGGAGAAACAAGAAGAAAACAACAACAACAACAACAACAACAACAUGAACAAGAGCUGCGGCUAGAACUAGAACUGGUUGUUUAUAGUCUACGUGAUAUGCUUGGAGGGGAAGUGCCCUUGUCUAAGCGACCUACUAUUCUACUUACAAGUGUACCUCUUUCUGUUGAGAAAUUACUGCGUAAACAAGACGCAUCUCCCACGGCGAAGAGUUCUGAAAGGGAAAUGAUAUUUCACGUCAACACAUCAGCGGCGGAACGUGCACAUGCCAUGAUGGCAGCGGACUUUGUUCGUUAUGGACGACGGCAUCUUCACACUGUAUACGAUUAUGUACGGGAUGAGACUGGGAGUGGUGGGGCCCUUGCGGUGAAUGCCUCUGUCUUCUUAAAGCUAUGUGUACCUCCUACUGUUACUGUGCCUGAAUCUCAAUGCUCUAUUGUGAGUUUCACACAUUCUCUACUUAUUAUGGAAGAACCACGUACGGCUGUUUCUUAUUAUGCACAACUGCGCCGUGGAUCAUGGGGAUCUAUGUUGAAUCCUCCAUUGUUAAUGCACCACGUUGGUACCUCGUUGCUUGGUUACUUUAUGUUUCCACGUCUUCCAGCACUGCGUCAAAUACUUGUUAGUAGUGGUAUCAGUAGUAGACACGAUGUGAGAACUGCACGAACUGGGAUAACGAUAAUGUUGUUUGUAGCGGUGAUGUUUCUUUAUCAUAUGGCUCCCCGAUUGUGGGCUUUGACGUGUAUUCUUUUAUGGGCGACACUAUUACGUCUAGUGCCAAGAGUAAUUGUGGUCAUGUACUCUCUGUUGCAUUUCCUUGUUUGGGCUGUUGUCUUGUAA